AUGUCGGAGGAGCGCAGCAAAAUCUCGCUGCGUAGCGGCAAGCGCAAGGCGAAGCCGACCAUCAGCGCGCCGCGACAAAUCUCCAGUCCCAUCCUCCAAGAUGGCUCGGCCACCACGGCCGCUGCUGCAAGCCCGCUCGGCGCGGCCAGCGAACCGCCGCAGCGACCUCGUUUACGGCCGCCUCCAAUGGCUGGUGGGAAGACGUCGGACCUCGUCAAACAACGAUACUCGACACGAUUCAACAACAUACCGGUUGACUUGGAGGGCCCAAUUCCUUCGAUGCCGGCGCUGCCGUCGAUGGACAAGUACGAACAGAAAGACCGACGUCCACCCCCUUCAAGAGCCGGUGCUGCACCUGUUAUAGACAUCAAGGCUCUACGCGACCCCUCCCUCGUGCCGGACCAAUAUGUGGCAGCCAUGCUUGGCGAUGCCACCGAUGGCCAGAUCCGCGAAUUUGAAGACUCUCUUAAGAAGCUCAAGAUCCGUGCGGGUUCCGACCUUCAGCAGAAUCUAUUACAAAACCGCACACAAUUCAUCAAGAUCAGCAAGGAGGCAGAGAAGCUGAAGGGCGAGAUGCGGACACUGCGUAAUCUCAUGUCGGAGCUCAAGGCGAACACAACGGCGUUGCGAUCCGCGACGGCGAAGAACGACGAGCCCGCUAGCAUACCAGGCCAGGCGACGACGCUGAGCAAGCGAGACAAGCGUAGCUCCGUGGCAGACAGAAGCGCGCUUUGGAACUCGCAGAUGCAGGCCUUGUAUAAGAAUGUCGAAGGUUCGCAAAAAUUCCUCCCCAACUCGUCCGGACGCCACGUCGUGCAGAAUGCCGGGCCAUGGGUCGAGCUCGACAAUGCCACAUACAAGUCUCGCAGAGCCAUGCAAAUAUUCUUGCUCAAUGAUCAUUUGCUCAUUGCCUCUCGAAAGAAGCGCAAGAUGGAUGCGCCCAACGCAGAUACACGCGGCCCCAUGAUGAAGCUCGUUGCCGACCGAUGCUGGUCACUGCUCGACAUUGAGGUCAUUGACAUGCCAGGCGCCGGUGACUCGUCGUCUGGUGGCCGCAAUAAGCUUGCCGACGCCAUCAUGGUACGAGGUGGCGGGCAAGAGUCGUUUAUAUACAGAACCGAAAAGGCAGACGAUGAUUCCAAGAAGACUUUGUUGCUCAAUGUGCGCAAGGCGGUAGAGGAGCUGCGCAAGGGUUUAGAGUACGAGAUGGAGGCCAACAACAAGGCCAAGGAGACAAUCAACUACUUCGCCUCGCGUGAUCCUGGCCUGCUGCAAAAGACGGAGCUUCUCGAGACUCUGUCUGACAUUAAGGAUAUGCUCAUCGAGGUCGACGGCAAGCAACAAAACUUGCGCUGGGUAGAGAGCCAGAUGGAUGAGCUGGACAUUGACAUUGCGCAGCAGAGCUUUGAGCCUGCCGUGGCUCGCGUGGAGAAACUCAAGAGCCUUUCGAGAGGCCUGAAGAGCAACGCAGUCGCGCAGGACUUUAUCAGCUUCAAAGUGGAAGAGCGGUGUAAUCGCUUAGGCGACAUUGUCAUUCGUGAACUCGAGGCUACACAUAACGAAAGGAUGAAGACGAAGCAGAAUAUAUCCUGGCUCACGAGACUGGGAUAUCAUGACAGAGCAAGGGAAGCUUAUUUGGAUGCGCGAAGUGAGACGAUCCACAAGCGUUCAAGGCAAUGCAUCUUCCAAGGAGAUUUGCACUUGUACAUUUGGCAGCUGUCGUAUGUUUACUUUACCAUUAUUCACAACACUGUCUUGUGUUUUCAAGCCUGCUUUCCGCCACCCAUGAUGAGCGCGUGCGUCAAGUGGGCGAAGCAAGAAGUUGAGGCAUUCAACGCCAUUCUCGCCAGGCAGCUGAGCAGCACAGAACGCGGUGGCCAAGUCUGGACAGAGUGCAUGGACAGAGCAAAGGAGCAUGCCAAGAAGCUCUCUGCCGUCGGACUGGACUUUCAGGAUCUCGUUGGACGAGAUGUGGCGCUUUCAGACGCGGCGACAUCGCCUACUGGACUUGGGUUGACGUCGAACUGA